AUGUUAGACUUUUGGGUCAAGUUUAAGGAGAUUGAGUUAUAUGUUGAACAUGAGGUUGAUAACCCUAUAAUUGUAGAUGAAAAUUUUAUGUUGACUACUGAGGAGGGUGAUGUUAAAGGGGUGGAAGUUGAUGGGGAGGGUGAUGAUGAAGGGGUAGAAUUUGAGGGUGAAGGUGAUCUGGAAAAGGUAGAAUCUGGUGAGGAGGAUGAGGAUAUUGGUAUGGAAAGUGGUGGACAUAUUAGUUUAGGGUCUACUGUUGGAGAGGAUAAUGAUAGUGAAGUUGAUGCUGAUGAAUAUGCUGGUGAUUUUGUAACAUCAGAUGGAGUGGAUAAUGUUGCUGAUGAAUAUAUUGAUGAUUUGCAACAUCAGAUGGACUAG